CAAAGCUGGAGGCGAGGGCUUUAUUCUCACACUUUCUGCUUGCAGCUGUUUCUUUCGCUGACGUCCCUCGUAGGUAAGGUGCUCCCGGUACCCUGCUUUCCCUUUCUAAGCUGAGGGCCAAGGGACCUUCUGUGCCGCCCCUCGCCCGACAUACAGGCACCUGCGGGUACCAAGCUUGACUAACGGCCUCGCGGUGUCCAAUAGGACUUGAAAUCCUCCCCCAAGUAAGUCUCACCUUUUCCUUUCACGCCCACUAUGCCGGCCCAUGAGAGCCGCUGAGUAGAAUGAGAAGCAACCUGGCCUAGGGGAGCCAGGGUCCCUGCACCCCUUCAACGCCGCACAGCCGCUCCCGCAAGGACUCUGCUGAAAGGGGCGGGCUCCAGUCCUUGGCCCCACCCAAUCUGGAGCCAUCUUGUCCUAAAGGCCCUUCUCCCCCGGGACGGUCUUCAGACACGUCGCCCUCUUUCAACCGAGUGGAACCCCGUUCUCAGUCCUGAGCCAAGGCAGAUUGAUCUCACUCAUGGUGAUGAAAGGAGUUGAAACGCAUUGAGAUUUCUGAUCUGGAACUCCAUGUUACCGCUCCAUUUUCCUUAGACUUGAGCUUAUUUAAGUUGUGGUGAGGCUUCCUGCCAAUCUUGAGAACUGGAAACCAAAAUUAUACCUGGCCUGUGUGCUAACAAGCUUGGCAAUGAACUAACUUUCUUCCUUAGUGAAAAUAUUUUCCUGAACCAUGGGUGAGGUGUUCUCCCAGAUGGGCUCUGGGCAGGAGGAUGAGAACAAGUCGAUCCUGCCCUCGGACUCAGCUCUUGGCAGCAAGGCCGCCAGCUAUUCCAGCAUCAAUAGCAGCAAGUCUUUUUGUUCCUGUGUACCUUGCGAAGGGGCUCUUGGUGCCAGCUUUGUGACUUGUCCCACCUGUCAAGGUAGUGGGGAGAUCCCCCAAGAACUGGAGAAGCAGCUGGUAGCUCUCAUCCCCUAUGGGGACCAGAGACUGAAACCCAGGCACACGAAGCUCUUCGUGUUCCUGGCAGUACUCAUCUCCCUGCUGACCUCCUCGUUCAUCAUCUUUUUCUUGUUUCCCCGGUCCAUCAUCGUGCACCCUGCAGGCCUCAACUCCUCCACAGUGGCCUUUGACAAUUCCGAUAUAAACCUCAACAUCACGAAUGUCUUGAACAUCACCAAUAGCAACUACUACCCCAUCACUGUGACCCAGCUGACCGUUGAGGUCCUGCAUCUGUCCCUCGUGGUGGGGCAGGUUUCCAACAGCCUCCUCUUGCACAUGGGCCCUUUGGCCAGUGAACAGAUAUUUUAUGAAGUAGCCAGCAGGAUAUUGGAUGAAAAUACCUACAAAAUCUGUACCUGGCUGGAAAUCAAAGUCCAUCACAUGCUUUUGCAUAUCCAGGGCACCUUGACCUACUCCUACCUGAGCCGUUCUGAGCAGGUGGUCUUCCAGAACUACCAGUAUGUGGACUGCCGGGGAAACACCUCAAUGCCCCACCUGCUGACCUCUCACCCACCGUGACCGUGUGCUGUGCCUUACUCCAGGCACCUGCACACCUGUCUGCAUCUCCAAGGACUCCCUGGUGCUCAAGGGAGGACUGUAGUGACUUUGCCAAAGGAAAAGUCCUGCUUUCUCACCCCUUAUCCCGAUCCAUCACCACAGAAAGCUGGCUGUGAUGUUAGCUUGCUACAUGCACACACACACACACACACACACACACACACACACACACACUGAUUUCCAUGGGUGUUCUCAGGAGUCAGUAUCAGGUCCUGCCCUUGGUCUUGGUCUGUCCUGAGGAACUUUGAACCUGACAUUUUCUUGGGGCUGCCUUGACAGCCCUAGAGUGGCACCUGCCUUUUCCAUGCUGAGCACCUUGGUGGUGAACUCCAUCAGGGCCCAUUCCCCACCUAUCUGAAUAAGAAGAAGCUAUAGUUUUGCCUAGCUUUUAAAACAUGAACCCUUUUCAAGUUUCCUACCCAGUGAGAAGAAAGUGACUUUGGGGAUACCCAGUGCUCUCUCCAAAGCCAUUUAGGGGACCAUUUAUGCUCUCUCAUGCCUCUCCAGUUUGGUGGUAUGGCAGACCAUGAUGGUGAUGGCCUGCUUUUUGGCAGCUGGUUCUGUGCCCAUCUGAAAGUAGGACUGGCCAAAGCCCUUUUGCCCUCUGUCCUUCCUAACUAAUGAUUGUCCUUAAUUGUAGAAAAACAGUUAUUCUCCAGCUAAAGCUUCUCUAUAAAACA